GUACUCGAUUGCAUUUAGUUCCGUUUUCGCCGGCGUUUGGGCGGUAGGAUGGGACAAAAUUUGUGAUUACUAGUUCCAAGCAUCUGAAUUGAGAGAAGAUGAGUGGUAACAGUGCUGUUGCCAUGGACUCCUUGAAGUCUGGACAACAGCUCAUCACGUUCGAGGACUGCGAGUCGUCCAGCAUCACGCACGACUCUGUGGUCGUGCUGCCGUCGGACAGUGCGCACGCCACGGGCUCCUCGCACGUCAAGAUGAAGACGAUAGUCGAUUACGCCUGGGACCAUAAGUACUACGACGGACACAUUGCCGCCAGUCGCGGGGAGUACCUGGCCUACGCCAUCAAAGCCAAGUCGGGCGGUGUGGUGCGGGUGGUGAGUCGCGGAACAGACGACCGAGCGCUCAUCAAAGGCAUGACCGGAGCCGUCAAAGACCUGGCGUUCGCGCACACCAACAACGAAACGCUGCUGGCAGUGGUGGACGAGAUGGGCAACCUAUCUGUCUUCAAGAUCGACGAGGACCUCAACAAGAAGCUGGUCGUCUCGCCGUACCUCGGCCUGCGCCUGGUUCACGAGACUCCGCCACCGCCGAGCACCAUUCACCGGGUGGUCUGGUGCCCGUACAUCCCUGAUGAUGACUGUGACGAUCAGGAGACCGAGGAGACGGCCAAACUGCUGCUGGUCACACACGGCAACAGGGCGCACCUGCUGAACGUGGCCAUCAUGGUGGAGGAGCACGGGCCGGGUCCGCUGCUGGUCGGCGACGUCAGCGAGGGCUUCAUGGAGAUUCUCGACCACGGACAGGCGGUGACCGACGCCGCCUUCUCACCGGACGGCACCGCACUGGCCACCGCGUCCGUGGAUGGAUACGUCAAGUUCUAUCAGAUCUACAUGCAGGACAAGGACAGUCCGCGGAUGCUGCACGAGUGGCAGCCGCACGACGGCCAGCCGCUCUCCUCACUGUUCUUCCUGGACAACCACCGCGACCAGGACCCCGGUGAGCCGUUCUGGAAGUACGCCGUGACGGGCGCCUGUCAGAACACCGAGCUCAAGGUGUGGACGUGCGAGUCCUGGAACUGCCUGCAGACGAUCCGGCUGCAGCCGUCUCCGGCCGACGAGCUGUCUGCCGCGCCGCCGGCGGCCAGUCUUCAGGCGGCACUGGACUCGUCGGCCCAGUACCUGCUGCUCAGCGAUAUACACCGGAGGAUGCUGUACGUGCUGAGUCUCUCUCCGCCGGAGGUGGCCGUCAAAUACUUCACCUCGGUGCACGAGUUCCGACUGAUGACCCCUGGCCUGUCCCUGGCCAUCGUGGACGCUCGCCGACGCCGCAUCAAACCGUUCGAGAACGUCGACCAGCUCGAGUCUGGCGCCGGUUGCGGUGACCCGCUGGGCGGCGGUCUGUCGGGCGGCGCCGAGGAAGCCGAGGAUGACACGCUGCCCGAGGGUGUCGUCAUUCGGUGCUACAUGGUGCAGCCACGAUCCCUGCAGGAGUGUGUCAUCGUGUACCAGAGCGCUACUGGGGAGCGGCAUGGCACGGCCGGGGCGGGCGGUGCGCUGCCUGACGCCGUCAGUAGUCAGAAUGGCGAGAGCCUGGUGGACCUGACGGAUAACCUGUCGGACCUCACCCUCAACACCACCGCGUCAGCGUCAGCUGCCGACAGUGUGGUCGAGGUGGGCACGACCCCUGAGCAGCCGCCGCCGCCGCCGACCCCGCCGCAGCCCGCCGCCUCAGGAGUCAUCAGCCUAAUGACUCCCGAGGAGUUCACCUCGCCCUCUCGGAUUCCGGACGUCGUGUCGCCUCCGGGCCCGGCCGCCAGGACCGCUCAGACGGCACGUGCCUCAAUGGAGCUGACAGGGUCACCAGCCGCCGGUGACGCCGCAGUCGGAGACUCAGAGCCGGGCACGCCCAAAUUCCAGGCCGCGUCACCGCUGGAGCGGAAGCCUGAGCCGCCCAGCAAGAAAGACCCCAACAGCUGUGGUAGCUCGCCAUCUAUUGAAGUUCAGGAGAUACUCAAUAAGAGCUCCGAGACGACGACAGAGGCGAAGACCACGCCGCUUAAGUCGCUGUUCCCGUCUCCGCCGCUGCCGCCGCCGCCGGGCGCUGCCAAGGCACCGAGCGGCGGUGGUGCGCCUCCUCUCUCCACAGCCGCCGCCGCCGCCCCCGCUGCCGCUGUACCGCCGGCCGCCGUCUCCUCCCCGGCCGUCUCCGGCCCGUCCUCACUCAGCUCCAGCAGCCAGAACGGCUGGCCGACCAUCCCUGCCGUGCCCGCGGCGCCGGCGGCCGCGCCCGCCGCGCCGCCCGCCCCCGCCCCCGCCGCCGCGGUCUCUGCAGUCCCUGCCGCCGCCCCUGCUGCUGUUCCUGCCGCCGCUGCGGCAGUCCUUGGAGUGGGUGGUGUUGUAGGAGGAGUGGUGCCCGCCGCUCCUGCAGCCGUCGGCGUGCCGCUGGGCGGUGGUGACGAGAAGGCCGCCGUCGGCUCGGGCGCCGUGCUGGGCGCCGUCACGUCCGUGCUCGGCCUGGUCCGAGAGCUGAGCACGGAGGUGCAGCAGCUGCGGGCGCAGGUGCAGCAGCUACAGCAGCGCCAGAAGGCGCCGCCGCCGCCGGCACCGUCCACCGCGCCGGCCGAUAUCAGCCGACUGCUGGAGACCGCGCUCAACACCCACCAAAGGCACAUUGAGGACCUGCUUCUGAACCGGGACCGGGACGAGCGGCAGCGUCUGGAGCGUCAGAUCAGCUCGAUGACCGGCUCUCUAUCGUCCACCAUCAAACAGAAGGUGGACAGCGCCGUCAAACAGGAGUUCAAGGACCACGUACUGCCGCUGGUCACCAGUCGCCUGAAGCCGCUCGAGGGCCAGAUUCGGCACGAAAUGAGCGCCCGAAUCGGUGACGUCGAGGCCGCCGUCAAAGAAUCCAUCGGCAAAACUGUCAACGUCAAGGCGGUGAGCGAGUCGGUGGCGCACGCGCUGACACAGAGCCUGCAGCAGGCUAUGGUGGCGCGCUACAGAGAGGUGUUCAGUAGCACCGCCCUGCCGGCCUUCGAGCGCUCCACACGAGAGAUGGUGCACCAGAUCAACGGAACGUUCUCAGCGGGAACCAAAGAGUAUCUGCAGCAGUUGGAGCAACAGGCGGACCGUGCGCGGCGGCACCGCGAGCCCUUACUGCAGCACGUGCAGGCAUCGCUGGACGCCGUCCGACUCUCAGUCGAACACCUCGGCAACACAGUCAAAGACGAACGCCAGAGGCACGAGAAACACAGACAGGAGGAGGCGGCGUUUCUGGGCCAGGUCCGCGAGGAGAUCCGCCGCAGUGUGUCGGCCGCCCUGGAGGAGCACAGUGCGCGGGCCGCCACCCCGGCCGUGCCGUCCGGAGCGGUGACCCCUACCGUACAGCAGCAGCAGCAGCAGCAGCAACAGCGGCGCCAGCAGAUCGCCCGGCUGGUGGAGAGCAAACAGUGGGACCCCGCCUUCCAGAUGGCGCUGUCGGCCUCCGACCUGGACCUGGUGGUGAUGUUGUGUGAGAUGCUGGACCCGCAGCAGCUGUUCGCCGAGUCGCCGCCGUGCCCCCUCCAGCAGCCCGUCCUUCUGGCUCUGGUGCAGCAGCUGUCGGCCGACCUCAGCAAGAAGACCGACCUCAAGCGCAGGUACCUGGAGGAGGCUGUGAUGCAGAUCGACACCCAGUGCCCGGCUACCAAGGAGCACAUGCCGCACGUGCUGGCCUCGCUGCAGAGCCAGCUGCAGGCCUACAUCGGCCAGGCGGGCGCGCAGCAGACGCCCCUGGUGCGCAGUAUGAGGAUGCUGCUGAUGGCUGUGCGCUCCCUGGCCUCGUAGUGCUUCCUUGUGACGCGCACCCCUCUCCGGUCCGCCGCCCAGGCUGUCGACGCCUGGCGCAGGGCUAGGUGAGCCUGUCCUGACGUGGGCGACUUUCACAAAGUGUGGCCGAUGUCCGGGAAGGCGCGGGUUGGGCUAGGGGAACGCUGCUGUGGCUUCUUCGCCGCUCGCGCCUAGCGCUGGGGGUCGUCCUGGGCUCAGGCUUUGGAGAUUACGAGCGAGGCCUGCCCGGGAGGAUCUCGGCGGUGCGAGGGGGGGGGGUGGCGUUUUACUCGUGUUGACGGGGAGGUGGCGGGGCACCGGUACCCCGUCCGCCGAGGCUGUGGUGCGCGCGGGGUCGGGCCGACUGACUGAGACUGUGUUCCCGGUGACUGAGUACGUUAGGUGAGGAUCGGACGGCGCCGUGCUACCCUGCCGGUGCUACGGGGAGGGCCAGGGGUGCUGAUGUGAUCGGUCCGCCGCGCGGUCCUCCUCGGAUCCGCCCGGCCGGCACCCGUGUUGUAUAGCUAAGGUGAUGUCUUCUGUACUCUGAUAUGUGCCGCUCCGGAGCCAGGGACGUUCUGAUUGGUUCUCUCGUUUUGUGCAGCGUCGCCGGCAGCGGCAGUCGCGGUCUGCCGCUGCUGGCUUCACUCGUCCCGUACUGCUUAGUCCUAAGUUCAAUGUACAGACUGAUUCAGACCAGCGAAGGAAUAAACGUAAGAAGUUGGAUGGCAGCGUU